AUGGCGCCAGCUCUGUUCCACCUUCAGCCUUCGAUCAUGCUCCACUGCUCUCUGUCUCCCUCUUGCGCCAACUUUGUCGUGUUCUGCGCUUCCUCAGUCCCUGGGUUUGUGAUUGGUGGAGUGAAAGUAGUUGAAGGUCGAGCUUUCUUUGUAUUUGGAGAUUCAUUGGUUGACAAUGGAAACAAUAACUACCUUGCAACCACUGCAAGAGCUGAUUCAUACCCUUAUGGCAUUGAUUUUCCAUCUCACAGACCCACUGGCCGCUUCUCCAAUGGCCUUAACAUCCCUGACCUUAUCAGUGAGAAACUUGGGUCAGAACCGACAUUGCCAUAUUUGAGUCCAGCGCUUGACGGAGAAAGACUACUCGUUGGUGCCAACUUUGCUUCAGCUGGAAUCGGCAUUCUCAAUGACACUGGAAUUCAAUAA